AUGUACAAUCUGAAAGAAAUCACAGCAUCUUCAACUUUAGCCAUGAGUGAAUGUGUGUGUGGAACUUCUGAUACAGAUAUCAUUCAGGUGAUUGACCAAUUUGGGUUGCAUUUCUUCAAACUAAUUAUAGAACACUUAUGGGCCACAUGUUUUCCUAAUCAGGGUUCUUCACAGCCAGUUAAUGCCUUUACUGUUUUGAUGACAGCAGCUAGAGAUGCUGUGGGAAAGGACUUGCCAACUAUGCUAAAAGAUCCAAAAACAAGCAUGGAAAAACUAAAUAACGAAGUACUCAGGUUCUUUGAAGAGAAAGAAUGCAAUUUUCCAAUGAAUGCGGGGGUUCGAGCCACCUCCUUUGUCUCCAAGUUGGUUGACUUGCUCUAUUAUGUCGAUGGUCUCUACAAUAAGAUUGAGUCUGUUAUAUCCAUGUCAACAAAGGUACCCACAGUCUUUAAAACACGGUUUUCUGGUUUAAACUGUCCUGAAAAACACAAACAUAGGAAAAGAAAUCUCAGCAAUCUCUCUGAGCAGAAGUUAGAGAAGUACACAAUUCAGAUGUGUGAAGUAAUUCAAGGGCAACAAUACUUGAAUGAAAUGCUUUGGGCUGAAGUGAAAACACAAAUACUCAGCCUUGUUGAAGUCUUGGAAGCCUAUUGCCUUCGCCUUAGAAAUCAAAGUAACAGGACGAAGCUGGCAGCAGCUACACCAUGCAGUGAGUUAGAGGUGAAGACCAAUGUGAAAGUUGUGAAUGCAACAAGAGGUACUGUCCAUCAUGGUUUAUUGGACCUUGAUAAAGAGCUUUCAAAAGCAGAACAAUUUGUUCCAGUUUGUGUACGGGAGUUUCUACCUACAUGUAACCGCCGCAGAGUUCAUUACUUAGUUGAAGAGAUUUGUGAUAAUGGCUUGUCACAAAAGUGUGUACACUAUGUUCACCAUGUAGGUGGAAAUAAGCCAAGUUUGCACUUUAUUUGGACAUUAUGUAAAAUUGAAUCGGAAGUCCCUGUGUACGAAAGGCGCAUUACUAAAAAGAGAUUUAUGGAGUCCUUUGGGUUUGUUUGUUGGUGAAUCUGUUGCACUUAGGGCUAUCUCCAACUACGAAGGAUUCAUACCAUGAUUUCUUUGCAGAGACAGAACGCUAUCUAUCUGAGGAUGUUGGUGUUGCUUGUCAUAAGUGAAGACCUGGUCAGCAGUUGUACCCAGUAAAAGCUGUCAGUUUAAAGGAUUUGCAUCAGCGUGUGAAGGAAAGAGUUCCUGAGGGGUCAAAUAUACCUUCUGUAAAGUGGUUGAGAUACCAGUUCCAGCCACUAAACCCACAAACAAAUACAGCUAAGUAUUACAAGGGCAAGAUGAACGUAAAAAUGAUGGUCCAGAAAAGACAGGUGAGCUUCAUACCUAUUUAAUCAUAUUUAAUAACUAUUAAAUAAUGCCAAAAAGUGUGUUGUUACUUAACUUUACUGGAAUACUGAGUUGCGGUGUGUGUGAAUAGGGUGUUACACAAACUUAUAAUUUCAUGUGUUUUAACAUUUUUUGUUUAUAUAGAUUCGUGCAAACCAUGUUGAUGCCCACUACUGUGCUGCUGCAUGGCGAUAUAUGUGAGAAUUUGCUGUGCAGCAAAGAGAGCUUGUUACUCUUGUGUCAAUGGAUGACAAGCAUAAAGUUAAGGUGGGGGAACCAUCAUACCCACUGGCACCAGCAGAGCGUGGGAAGCAAGUGAUUGCCGGACCCAACCAAGUCAUGUCUGUGGGGGAUCAUGAUUUCUCUAAAGCUACUUUAACACCUUCUCUGAACUUACUGGUAAGCUAAUAUUUGUGUCAAAUCUAAAAUCAGGAACUAAGCUUUGUCUUGAAGCAAGCUGCUUGGAUUUAAGAUGUGUACCAUGUCACCAAACUACAGCAGAGCAAUAUGAUUUCUAUGUGGUAUUUACAUUAUAUGUACUGCAACUUGUCUCGAACACUAGAGUUUUGCUAUAUUUGUUACCUUCCAGAUCGACAUUCCAGACAGCAUUCUUGGUAGCUUUUACCGUGGUGAUGUAUAUUUUGGGAUCAAAGACAGUGUGUUCCAACCUUCAUCUUCUUUAGGGCAUGCGUGUGAGCUGAAAGAGAUUUUGAAAUUGCGUGGAGGUAUUAAAUACAGUAGUUGAUAGUAUUCUUUCCUGAUUGAUUGGCAGGAACAUAACUAGAUGAUUUUUAUCUACAGAAAAUUAUACUUCUAGACAUUACCAAAGCAAGUAUUUUGUCUUUCAGAUGUACCUCCAAUACUGCUGAUAUAUACAGAUGGUGGUCCUGAUCAUUGUAGCACAUACAUGUCUGUGAAGCUGUCUAUGAUAGCUUUGUUCAUUGAGCUAGAUUUGGAUGCAUUGGUUGCACUGCGAACUGCCCCAAGCAAUUCCUGGGCAAAUCCGGUAGAACAUAUUAUGAGCAUUGUCAACAUUGGGCUUCAAGGCAUUGGCAUUAUGAGAAAGAAAGGAAGCGAUGACUUUGAGAAAGUUAUUAGUGAGUGAAUUUCCAUUCGCUGUAUUUUGUACCUCUAUAUAUUUGGCAUGUCAGGCAGGACAACAUAAUACUAUUUCCACAUAUAUAAUUAUAUAUUGUUUUUGCUCUGUAAAUAUUACAAUAUUUACUUUUUCUAUAUAGCUAAAGCUAAUAACAUGAAGGAAGUCAGGGUAAAGUUGGCAACUGAUAAUCUCAAACAAGAGUGGCAUGAUUCAGUAGAAACUCCUACAGACAUGUUAAAUUGCCAGAUGAAAAGACUCAGCUUGAAAGACAGACAAUUCAAUACAUUUUCAGCAGCUGAAGAUGCCAACAUCAACGAGCUUUGGAAGAAUUGUCUAAAGAUAGAAGGAGAAUUAGAUGUACUGUAUUGA